GAUCUGGAUCAAGAUGUUGGGACCUCUCCACUUCUGUCAAACCACACGUGUCCUGUGAUGUUUUGUUGUCCCUGAACGUAUAUAGAGGGUAUUUUGUUGGUAUGGUGUAGUGAUUUUAAUAUCCUUAACCAUGUAUGUAGUACAGAGUUGCUGCAAAAGCAUUCCGACCGUUGCACACCGUGGUAUUGGAGUCUGCAGAACCACGUCAGUAAGACUGCUUAGUACCACUUCUACCAAAUUUAGCUCCCCUGGUAGGGAGAAGAAGUUGUUUACACCUGGCCCCCUGUCUGUGUCCCUCUCUGUCAGGGAGGCAGCCCUAAGGGAUUUGGGAUCCAGGGAUGUAGAGUUCAUCUCCACUGUCAAGUUUUUGCGAUCUAAACUUCUACAAAUAGCAGGAGUCUCAGAAAACUUCUACACAGCUGUCCCUGUACAGGGCAGUGGGACGUUUGCAGUGGAAGCUGUGUUCCACACUGCUGUAGCAAAGUCUUACGGAAGGGCCCUUGUAUUGGAGAAUGGAGCCUAUGGAAAACGAAUGGGGAAAAUCUGUGAAGUGUUGAAGAUCCCUUAUCAUAUCGAGUCGUUUCCAGAAAACAGCAAAGUGAAUGUGAGGCAGGUGGAAGAGCUGCUGAUGGAUGACCCAUCCUUCUCUAUGGUGGCGGUCGUUCACUGUGAGACCAGCUCAGGGGUCAUAAAUCCAGUGGUAGAGCUCGGACAGAGCAUCAAGAGAUUGAUUCCCAAUAGUGUUUAUUUUGUGGAUGCCAUGAGCAGUUUUGGUGCGGUGCCUCUGGAUCUAGAGAGAGGCCACAUAGACUUCAUGGUCAGCUCCGUCAACAAAUGUCUGCAGGGAAUCCCGGGCUUCGCCUACGCCAUAGCCCAGACCGAGCAGCUACUACAAUGUAAAGGAAACUCCCGGAGUCUCGCUUUGGACCUCUGUGACCAGUACGACGGCCUAGAGAAGACUGGGCAGUUCCGAUUCACUCCCCCCACACACUGCAUGCUAGCCUUCUGUCAGGCCAUCAAGGAGUUCGAACAGGAAGGAGGUGUUCAUGGGAGAGCUAAACGAUACAAAGAAAAUAGAAGAAUAUUGCAAGAAGGCAUGAAGAAGCUUGGAUUUGAAGAAUUCCUUGGCCCAGAACAUGAUGGCUAUAUAAUUACCUCAUACAAAUAUCCAAAGGACAAAAACUUCAACUUUAAAACUUUCUAUAGCAAACUUAAUGAGAAAGGGCUUGUGAUAUACCCAGGAAAGGUGUUAAAUGCAGACUGUUUUAGGAUCGGUACUAUUGGGAAUCUGUUUCCCGAGGACUUCCAUGAACUACUGGCAGCUAUUGAAGAAGUCUGUAAAGAGAUGAACAUCAUGCUUCCUAUCACCUAGAUCCCCAGAUUUAUAUCUAAUUAAUACGACAGUGUUUAACUAAUUAAUUUGUAGUAUUGGAUAGUAUCGGUAUUAUUAUUUUAUAUUGCUUUUUGUCAUCGUACUCCACAAUUUUUUUCAUUGCUUGAUUUUAAUAUAUUUAGGUGCACGUGCAUUUAAUUUUGAUGUACAUGAAUGGACUCCACAGUAGUGUAUGGGAAUUGUAUAAUGGGUCCGGUAUCUUUGCUAAAUUAUAACAAUUACCAUAGGAUUGAUGCUGCAAAUUGAUUUGUUCUUUCAGGUUAAAAAAAGAAGAUUUGUAUUGAAUCUCAAAAUGGCCGGUCACGAUAAUAUUUUUUCUGUCUUGAAUUUGUUUGUUAAAAAAUAUGUAUGUGGAGUAUAGAGUAAAAGCUUUAAAAGCUGUAAUAUUCAAUACAAAGGUGCCAUUUUAAAUGUGCCAGUAAAAGUAUUGAUACACUUC